AUGGAGCAGUUUGAAUCAUUGCUGACGUGCUGUGUCUGCCUAGACCGGUUUAGGAACCCAAAAUUGCUACCAUGCCAACACAGUUUCUGUAUGGAGCCGUGUAUGGACGGUCUAGUCGAUUACGUAAGACGGCAGGUUAAGUGUCCGGAAUGUCGCGCGGAACAUCGAAUUCCUUAUCAAGGAGUUCAAGGAUUUCCAACAAAUGUUACCUUGCAAAGGUUCUUAGAACUACAUGCUCAAAUUGCAGGGGAGCUACCGGAUCCCACAGCGGGACAGGUUAUGGAAAGAUGUAACGUUUGUUCCGAAAAAGCUUAUUGUGCUCCAUGUGCUCACUGCGACAAGAAAGUUUGUGAUGAUUGCAAAUCAGCGCAUAUGGAAGUACUGCGCAGAGAAAUCGCAAGAAUUAACAAUCAAAUCCGUCGUGGCGUAAACAGACUACAGGAUAUUCUAAGUGUUGUUGAACGCAACACAACGAAUCUUCAAACGAAUUGCGCGGCUGUAGCAGGGGAAGUUGAUGAAAUACACAAACGAUUGGCGAAAGCUUUAAAAGAUAGAACUGAUUUUCUCAGAAACGAGAUUGACCGUUAUUUAGCUACGGAACUUAGGAAUCUAACCAACCUUAAAGAUAACCUUGAGUUAGAAUUAAGUAACAUUCAAAGCAAUUGUGAUCUCGCUGAUAAAUAUAUGAAUGAUGACGUAGAGUGGGAGGAUACGGAACUAGUAGAUACCAAAGAAAUUUUCCUAAAGACUGUAGAAUUCUUAAGGAACUUUGACUAUGAGGCUGGUGAUUACAAUCGUAGAGUUAGAUUUAUAAUGACACACGAUCCAAAUCAACUUGUUCUUCACGUUGCAAGUUAUGGCGAAUUGAACAUAACUCAUCCUAAUACUUACGCUAACAGCUUGCAGCCAUCUCAAGGAUUAACAAGAUCUAAAAGUGACCAUCGCCUAGCAACCCAAUUCCGUCAGCAAGAAGAAGCAAAGGGAUACACGGAAAAUGAUGAGCCAAUAUUAGGAGGUCGCAAGUUUGGUGAAAAGAGACCUCCUCCACCAGAAAAGCAUACAAGAGAUUACGGAGCCACUGAUGAUUAUAGUGGGUAUGAAUCUGAGCAUAGACCCUCCCGUAGGUUCCGCUCACGAUUUGUAAGAAGCCACCAACAAGAUAAUGAUUCUGAUACAGAACAAAGCAGUAGAGUUGUUAAAUCCGAACAAAAGGAGAAAGAAAAAGAAAAAGUAACAGAUACAGAAGAUGCAACACGAGGUCCUCUUAGUGGUAUAUUUAGGCUCAGUGAUUGUCCUCGCGUCAUGCAGCGUAUCCUCGAUGUAGAUAGUGGAAAGAAGAAAGAAAAAAAAGAACCUCCCCCUCCACCAAAACCAGUACAACCUACACCACAACCUCAACGACGUCCACCUACACAAAGACAACAAAGUGAAGAUGAUGAAAUAUCGCGAUUAAAAAGGCAAAAUAAAGGAGCUGCAUCAUCUCAAGAGCCAGAUCGGUCAACGCAGCGUAAUGCCGAAGAAGAACGUAACUCAAUCGCUCGUAAACCACCGACACCUGCUCGGGAGGCAUCCAGUGACGGUGAAUCCGACGAAUCUGUAGGUACUUUGCAACGUACACAAAGGAAAAACUCUACCACGAUUCCAAAACCAACAAUUGCUUCGAGAAGACCAUCGUCAUCGGAGGCCUCAAGUGCACAUCGUCCUGCGGCCCGUGCUCCAAGUACUGAAUCGAGUGCUUCAACGGAAAGUUCUGGCUCGGCGGUAAAACACACAGGCAAUGAAAGAACGACACCGUCUACGACGAAUGGAACAGCUGGGGGUGCGCAACGUGUUCAAAGUCGAUUCGUUGGCUCGCAACGGCCUACGCCUGCUCCAGCACCCGCUGAGCCUGCACACGAAGACUCUGAGUCAAGCUCUGAGGAGGAAACUGAAUCGUCGGAGGAGAGUGAAGAGGAGCCUGUCACGCAAAGGAAGCCCGAGAGUCAGGCAAUGGCGCGUAGCGAUAUUGGCCCACUUCUUGCACGCAGCACAAAUGCUAGAAAUGACGCUCAUGAUAACAAAUCUAAAGAUCCACCUGCUCAGUCCCGUUAUCGUUCUCGCCAACCGUCUCAAACCGAAGAAGAACCAUCGACCAGAUACGGCGCUAGUGGUUCUUCGUACAGUCGCUAUGGCAGCAAGCCUAAGGAUGAUGAAAUGACGUCAUCAAUAGACGACGACACAAAGUAUCCGACUGCUCGAUCGCGAUACCUCGCUCUUAAAGAGCGUCGUAAUCGUUUAGCGAGAAGCAAAAGUAGCCACACUGGCUUCGGAGUAGGAGAUGAUGAUGAAGCGGACGACCCAGUGUCUCCAACGACUGCUUCACCUUCAGCAUACCUUGCGGCUCGAUAUGGCUCUGGUACAGGAGGAUCAGAGUUAUCUCGUAGCCGUUCCUCCCAUGCUCUGAAAUCCAGGGAAAGUUCACCGGAACGCCCAGUAACCGGUGAAAAAGAUGGAGCAGCUUUAAGUUCCUGGGCUAGGUACUUAAAAAAUAAGUACGGAUCGCGGGGCAAAGACCGUGACUCUGGAGGAACGUCAAGCACUGCUCGGCGUCUGUCUCUCGGGUUGCCUUUACGUUCUGCCAACGAGCUUGCUAGUUCUGAUGAUGAUUCAAAAAACGCGGCAGGCUCCCCCAUCUCCCCUACGGCGGCUACAGCAGCGGUAGCAGGUUUCGCAGCAGCAGGUUCCUCCCCUAGGAGCCAGUAUCUGCAGAAACGCCGUUUACAAUUCAGCGUGGGGAGUCGGGGGAGCGAACCCGGUUGUUUCACAUGGCCUCGUGGUAUCGCUGUAGGGCCCGACAAUACUAUGGUCGUGGCUGAUUCAUCCAAUCAUCGCGUGCAGGUGUUUGAUAUGAAUGGAAUUUUCAUAAAGGAGUUUGGACAGUAUGGCAGCGGGGAGGGUGAAUUUGACUGCCUCGCUGGUGUUGCUGUCAAUCGCAUUGGACAAUAUAUAAUAGCUGACAGAUAUAACCAUCGCAUACAAGUGUUUGAUCCCGCUGGUCGAUUCCUAAGAUCGUUUGGCAGUCAAGGAACAGGCGAUGGAAAGUUCAACUACCCAUGGGGUAUAACUACGGAUGCCCUCGGAUUCAUAUAUGUUUGUGACAAGGAAAACCAUAGAGUACAGGUGUUCCAGUCUGACGGCACGUUCGUGGGCAAAUUCGGCUCUUUCGGCUCCAAGCUGGGCCAAUUGGAGCAUCCUCACUACAUCGCCGUGUCCAGCACCAACCGGGUGCUGGUCUCCGACUCCAACAACCACAGGGUCCAGGUGUUCGACGUGAACGGGCGGGUGCUGUCGUCGUUCGGCGAGGAAGGCUCCGAGGAUGGGCAGUUCAAGUUCCCAAGAGGCGUAGCGGUCGACGACCAGGGCUACAUCGUCGUCGCCGACUCCGGGAACAACCGUAUCCAGAUUUUCCAUCCGGACGGAACGUUCCUUCGCGCCUUCGGAUCCUGGGGCUCCGGCGACGGAGAAAAAUCACCGAGUGCAAGUGUUUUAAGUUCAACGAAGCUGCUACAU